CUGUUUUAAGGUUUGGACGCGUGCCCGACGCGCCGCGACGCCUCUUAGUUCUCAGCGCAUGUGAGUGGGAUCUGCGGAGGCUCCCCCCUCGCGCACUGGACGCUCGCCUCUCGCGCAGGCUUUGGCGUGGAGCUCGUGCAGGACUGGCUGCGCUCAGCGCCACUUCCGGCUUCCGUCAUUUCAUUCUCCCGCCGAUGCGCGCGGCUCAACUCUCUGCGUUCUAUAAGCGAGCGAGCGGCCGACCUGCCAGCACUCACUGACACUCACUCAUCUCAGCCCGCGCCAGAGACCGCCGCGCUUUCCACAAACUCUCCUCUUUUCCGUUUUUACUGUAGUAAUAAAACAAGAAAGCGGACCGGAGGCAUAAAGGAGACAGGGACUUGUGGGAUGAAAACGGGGCUAAAAAGAUUCAUCCUCUCUUGAACAUCAUCUCCAGCCAUCAUUCAUUCAUUACCUUGACAGCCUCUGGCUUUGAUUGACAGCUGGAGUGGCAAAAAGCCAUGAGACGCGACAGUUUAGUUACACGCGGGUUGUUGAUGGGCCGGCUGUAACCUUCAGUUUGGUGCUCGACUUUUUUUCUUUUCUUUUCUGGGGGGCAAAGAGGAAAAGAAGAAUAAUUGCAAAACUCUUCCUGAUGCCUGCGCUCGUUCUCAGCCGUAGUACUGGAGAAUAGGAGGAAUUCGCCGAGUUUGCUCGAAAAGGGGAUCUUUCACAGCGCAUGAGUUUGUGAGCGGACUGGGAAAUUCAAUCUACGACACAGAUCCAGAGGUUUAUUGGAGCGCAGGCUGAUGGCGCAAAGGUACGAUGAGUUGGCUCAUUACGGCGGCAUGGACGCGGUCGGUAUGUACGGGGAUCCUCACGCGCCUCGGCCGCUGCCGCAGGUCCAUCAUCUGAACCACGGACCGCCUCUCCACGCCAGCCAGCACUACGGCACACAUGCCCCCCAUCCCAAUGUCAUGCCCACCGGCAUGGGCUCAGCUGUCAACGACGUAUUAAAGAGGGAUAAAGAUCAAAUUUACGGUCAUCCUCUGUUUCCUCUGCUGGCUCUGGUCUUCGAGAAGUGUGAGCUGGCCACAUGCACUCCCCGAGAGCCCGGGGUUGCUGGAGGAGACGUGUGCUCCUCAGACUCCUUCAACGAGGACAUCGCUGUCUUCGCCAAACAGAUCCGCGCCGAAAAACCUUUAUUUUCUUCAAAUCCAGAAUUGGAUAAUUUGAUGAUACAAGCCAUACAAGUAUUACGGUUUCAUCUUUUGGAGUUAGAAAAGGUGCACGAACUCUGCGACAAUUUCUGCCAUCGGUACAUCAGCUGUUUGAAAGGGAAAAUGCCCAUAGAUUUAGUGAUUGAUGACCGGGAUGGCAACUCAAAAUCAGACCACGAGGACAUCUCGGGAUCUUCAACUAACUUAGCCGAUCAUAUGGGGAAAACGGACGGAUGGUUCCGCUCUGGCCGUCUCAAGAACCCAGCGUCCUGGAGAGAUCACGAUGAUGCCACGUCCACACACUCGGCCGGCACGCCGGGACCCUCCAGCGGAGGACACGCAUCACAGAGCGGAGACAACAGCAGCGAACAAGGAGAUGGUUUAGACAAUAGCGUGGCCUCACCCGGCACGGGCGACGAUGACGAUCCAGACAAGGAAAAAAAGCGACAGAAAAAACGGGGCAUCUUCCCCAAAGUCGCCACCAACAUCAUGCGGGCAUGGCUCUUCCAGCAUCUCACACACCCGUAUCCUUCAGAAGAACAGAAGAAGCAGCUCGCUCAAGACACAGGCCUCACCAUCUUACAAGUAAACAACUGGUUCAUUAAUGCCAGAAGAAGAAUAGUGCAGCCCAUGAUUGACCAGUCAAAUCGAGCAGGUUUUCUUCUUGAUCCUUCAGUGAGCCAGGGAGCGGCGUACAGUCCGGAGGGGCAGCCCAUGGGCAGCUUCGUGCUGGACGGACAGCAACACAUGGGCAUCCGGCCGGCAGGUGAGAUCCAGCGACCAUCUUCCUACGAUCACCUCUUCAACAUCUCACUUCUUUCUUUUAGACCGGGGGUGUCCUAUCCUGCUCUGGAAGCUCAGGUGAAUCGAGGCGUGCCGGGGGAGUUCGUACCUCAGCGUGGUCCUGUGGGCAUCACCUCCUCCACCAAAAGCCCCUCGUCUCUUGUGUUUGUCACACCGAUCUCCUCGUCACCCUGCGACCCGUGUGGCCAUGCUAACGCACAGACCCCCUCCUCGACCACGACUCCUCUGACCCCCUGA